GUGACCUAAAACUUCUUCGCUAGUCUCCCUCCCCUUCCUCUACUCAUCCCUCUGAGCUCAGCUCCUCCUGUCCAGAGUGGGACCCAAAACAGCUUGUGUUUUGUAGGAGUUCCAGGAUGACCUCGAUAAGACUCCGGGAAUUCAUCAGCCACCGGCCCACUAUCCCUCCUUGCUUCUUUGCCCAUCAAGGAAAAGAUGCCCAAGGGUUCAUCCCAGGGCAACUAGCCCGUAUCCACAAGGCCAGUGGACCGGAUGCAGUUCCUGGAGCUGUUGAAGAUUUGAAAGUCCAGGUUGCGGAUGCAAGGCCCCUCGGCCCUAACUUCGACCAGCUGACGCUGCAGCGGUACCUGGAUUUCCUGAGGAGCACAAAGGGAUCUGCCAUCGAGUGGCACCCGAGGACCACGUAUGAAGAAGCAUUUUCUCUGCCAUUUUACCAAAUAGACUACAGCCAGAAAGUGUGUACGGCAUUAACUGAUCCCAAGCCACUUAACUGUUGCGCUAACCCAUCUGCUGUGAGAGAGAAGCCGCCUUCGAAGGAAAUGCCUUUCAACUGAACCAAUAAAGGGCAGGCAAACACGAUUAAGUUCUAAAAAUGUUGGUUUCUUAGAAGAUUCUGUGCAAGUUAAUAGAAGCAGGCUUCUUUUUAGAGUGAAAGAUAUUUCAAUCCCAAUAAACUGUUAAA